AUGGCGGAUAUAGAGCUACGGGGCAAAGAGAAUACCGUGAGUGCUAAAGAAAUUAUGGUGAAACAGGAAAAACGGGAAAAUGCUAUCACCAAUGGAGGAAAAGAGUCUGGUGACGACGCUGAUAGUUCGGAGGAGGUUCGUUUGGACGUCGGCGAGCACUAUCUAGUGCGAAGGUCCGAUGACUCUUGGCAUCCUGCGGAAAUAAUCCAGAGCCGAUACAACGAAUUAGAAUCGCAUUAUGAGUAUUACGUACAUUAUGAAGGAUACAACAGGAGGCUGGAUGAAUGGGUACCGAGAGACAGAAUCAUGUCCAGUAGGUUUGAUAUGAAUGACACGAGAUGGAAAACUAGCGAGCACAAUCCUGCCAGUGAUUUAUUGGCUGAUUCAUCAGAUAGAAAAAUCACGAGAAAUCAAAAGAGAAGGCAUGAUGAAAUUAACCAUAUACAAAAAACAUACGCAGAGAUGGAUCCUACGACAGCGGCACUUGAGAAAGAACAUGAGGCUAUUACGAAAGUUAAAUAUAUUGAUAAAAUUCAAAUCGGAAAAUAUGAAAUAGACACCUGGUAUUUUAGUCCUUAUCCGGAAGAAUAUGGCAAGCAGCCGAAGUUAUGGAUUUGUGAAUAUUGUCUCAAGUAUAUGAGACUAGAAAAAACUUAUCGUUAUCACAUGAGUGAAUGCACACACAGACAGCCAGUUGGUAAAGAAAUAUAUCGUAAAGGAACUCUGAGUAUUUGGGAAGUCGAUGGUAGAGAACACAAAGUUUAUUGUCAAAAUCUUUGUCUUCUUGCAAAAUUAUUUUUAGAUCAUAAAACACUAUAUUUUGAUGUUGAACCGUUUCUUUUUUAUAUUUUAUGUGAAGUUGAUAAACAUGGAGCUCAUUUAGUUGGUUAUUUUUCAAAAGAGAAAGAGUCGCCAGACGGUAAUAACGUUGCGUGUAUUUUAACAUUACCUCCAUUUCAAAGACAAGGAUAUGGCAAACUUUUAAUAGCAUUCAGUUAUGAAUUAAGUAGAAUUGAACAGACUGUAGGAAGUCCGGAAAAACCUUUAAGUGAUCUCGGUAAAUUAUCGUAUCGUAGUUAUUGGAGUUGGAUCCUGUUAGAAAUAUUGCGUGAUUUUAGAGGAACAUUAAGCAUUAAAGAUCUCAGUAAUAUGACCAGUAUCUCACAAACAGAUAUAAUAUCAACCUUACAAAGUAUGAAUAUGGUGAAAUAUUGGAAAGGUCAACAUGUAAUUUGUGUAACGCCAAAAUUAGUUGAAGAACACAUCAAAAGUUCACAAUUUAAGAGGCCAAGGCUAACAGUAGACAGUACAGCACUAAGAUGGGGUGCUCCACCACGUAAAAACGUCAAACCUGGAAAGAAAUGA